AUGGAAACUACUAAAACUUCUCGAGGUAUUAAAUCGGUUUAUGGUAAAGUUCAUAGAAUGAUUAAAGUUAUGGAUGAUUAUCUUCAGACUGGCAAAAAAUCUUGUGAUUUGGUUAUCUGGGAGGAUAAAAGAAUUUAUGAUAUGUUAGAAAAUAUUUGUACAAGAUCUAAUGAAAGGAAGGGUCAAGAAAGUGAAUCUCCAAUAAAAAAAGGAAAAAAGAGAGGUCGUAAGAGAAGAAAUGAACUUUCUGAUGGAAUUGAAAAGGAUACCAAUAUAAUGAAUGAUAAUGUUAUGGAUAAAAAGGUGAAAUUAACAACUAGCAUCGAAGAAGCCCCUCAGGCAAUCAUUGAGGAACCUAGAGAGAUUGCCGCUGAUCAAUUGGACUUGUCUGUUCCUUCUAUACCCUAUACAGUUGAGAUGAUUGACGAACUCUACAAUAAACAAAUUCAAAAGGCCGAGCACCAUGUUCAAGAAUUGUUGAACGUUUCUAAAACCAAGAUCGAUUUCAACUAUAAAGAAGUUCGUGAUUUGGCCGUGCAAAUUUCUCAACGUCAAUCAGAACUUAAGAAAAUGACCGACGAGCUUAAUGACAAGAUGGAAAAGUUGAGGGAUUUUAAACCCUUAUAA